AUGUCCGAUCUAAAGCCUGUUGAGCAGACACCGGCUGCUGAGCCCGCGAAGCUCGAGGAAAUUGUGGAAACCACCGAUAAGCCCUCGGAGACUCCCGCUGCCCCAGCGACCGAAAACAUCAACACCGACGAAGCUCCUAAGGAGGAAGCCCCCAAGGCCACCGAGGAGCCCGCUGCAACUGAAGUCAUCGCGCUUGAGAAUGAGGCUGCGCCCGCUGCUGCCACCACCGUGCCCGAGGCUAAGCCCGAGGAAAAGAAGCCCGAAUACCUGACCAACAUUCCCUCUCUGGGCCAGUUCUUCGAGAACCUCCCCUCUAUUCUUAGCAAGACCGGCCACAGUGAGAUGUGGGGUGUUCCCCUCAAGGACAGUGACGAUAUCCCCACGGUCAACGUGCUGAUCAAGUUCCUGCGCGCCAACGAGGGCAACCUCUCCGGAGCCGAGGAGCAGCUGCGCAAGGCAUUGGAAUGGCGCAAGCAGACCAACCCACUGGAACUCAUUCAGUCGGGCAAGUACAGCGCCCGCAAGUUCGGUGGUCUGGGAUACCUGACAACUUACGAGCAAGAUGGACGCCCGCUCGUGUUUACUUGGAACAUCUACGGCGCUGUCAAGGACAUGAGCGCCACCUUCUCGGAUUCCGACGAAUUCGUCAAAUGGCGCGCCGCCCUCAUGGAGCUUGCCGUCCAGGAGCUGAAUAUGAAGGAUGCCACCACUGUCAUCGACUAUGAUGGCGAGAAGGACCCUUACCAGAUGAUCCAGGUGCACGAUUACUUGAAUGUCAAGUUCCUUCGCAUGGACCCCGCCGUGCGCGCUGCUACCAAGAAGACCAUUGAUGUCUUCUCUACCGCUUACCCCGAGUUGCUGCGCGAGAAGUUCUUCGUCAACGUUCCCGCUAUCAUGGGCUGGAUGUUCUCGGCUAUGAAGCUCAUUUUGAGCCGCAACACUACUCGCAAGUUCCACCCCAUCUCUAACGGUGCCAACUUGGCUCGCGAGUUCCCUGCUUCGAUCGCCAAUCAGAUUCCCACUGUGUACGGUGGAAAGGGUGCUGCAUUGAAGGAUGGGGCGCGGUCGGUUCCGUUGACUGAGGACGAGCAGCCCAAGGAGGAGGCUAAGCCUGCCGAGCCUGCCACCGAGACCGCUGCCCCCGUUGCUGCCGCCCCUGUUGCUGCUGCCCCCGUCGCUGCUGUCCCUGAGGCUGCUGCUGUCGAGAUCCCUGCCAAGGAGGAGUCUGCCAAGGAAGAAGCUAAGGAGGAGGCCAAGACAGAGGCCAAAGAAGAGACUAAGGAAGAGUCAAAGAUGGCUACCGAGGUUGAAGCGGCCUCAUAA